AAUAUGACAUGUUCAAAAAUAUUUUCAGGAGAAUUACCUGAAUUAACAAAUGAAAUUAUAAAAUAUUUUCAGAAUGAUUUUUCAACUUUACAUUCAUGUAUUUUGGUUAAUAGAUUAUGGUGUCGUUUAGCGAUUCCAUUAUUAUGGAAAAACCCAUUUUCAAUAUCUACCGGAAAUUAUAACUUUAUUGGAAUUUAUUUACAUAAUUUAAAUGGUGAAUUAAAAAUUAAAUUAAAUAAAUAUGAUAUUGAUAAAUUAUUACCUACGAAUAUACUUUUCAAUUAUCCUAAUUUUAUAAAACAUUUGAAUAUACAUGAAUUUAUUUCUUCUGUUGGGAAAUGGUUUGAAGUUUCCGUUGGAACUUUAAAACAUAGAAUCCAAUAUAUAAUGAAAAAUGAUCCACAUUAUUCACAUUUAGAAACUGAUUUUAAAAGAUUAGUUCAUGAGUCAUUAAUUAAUAUAUUUAUUGAAAAUAAAGUGAAUUUAUAUACUCUUGAUAUUGAAAUCUCAACUUAUUAUACUUUAUAUUUUAGUGAUAUUCUUGAAAUAAUUUUACAAAAUACAAAUUUCAUUCAAAAUAUUAAAUAUUUAAAACUUUAUACUUGUAGAACUCCUGGUUUCUUUUAUCUUGAUAAUAUUAAUGAAGAUAAGUUAACUAAAUAUCGAAUAUCACAAAUAAUUAAUUUACAUCAAAAUCUUAAAAAAAUUGUAAUAGAUACCAAUGAUUUUCUUUUAUAUAAAUCAUUAUUAUUAUCAAAAGAUUCUAAUUGCUCAAAUACUUUAAAUACUAUAAUAUUAUAUUCUAUCAAUUUUAAAGGUAUAAUUAAUUUAUAUGAAUUAUUUGAACAAUUAAAUGUUUUAGAAUCUGUUCAUAUUAUUUAUUGUUACCCUAUAAAUAUAGAGUUUAUUCAACAAAUUAUUAAUUUAUCUAAACCAUUUAAAUUAAAAUCUUUAUUUAUAAAUAAGAGCUCACAAAUUGAUGAAUCAUUAGAAUUAUUAUUACAAAAAUCUGGUGUUUAUUUAGAAAAUUUUGGGUCCUAUCUACUUGAUGAUAUAUCAUCCAAACAACAAUCAUUAGAAUUAAUUACAAAAUAUUGUAGAAAUAUCAAAUUUCUUGAUUUAAAUGAAUAUGAAAGUCAUAUUAUUUAUUCAAUAUUAAAUUUAAUUGAUAAUAUUAAACAAAAUCUUAGUUAUCUUUCUAUUAAUAUUUAUCAAUCAUUAAUAUUAGGUGGUAAUAAUGAUGAAUGUAUCAAAUGUAGUUCAUUCAUAUUACAAAAUUUAGGACAAAUUCUCCCUUCAAAAUUAGAAUAUUUAAGUUUAACUCUUCAAGUUAAAGUAAACAAUUUUGAAUUAUUCUUAAAAAGUAUUCAAAAUAUUUUUAUUAAAAAAUUGCUAAUCAAUAAUAAGGAUGGUGAUGAUAUUUUACCCUAUAUAAAACAAUAUAUCAUGAAAAAGGAAAGAGUCAAUUAUUUGGCAAUUAAAAUUUCUUCCUAUAGAAAUGGUUUUUAUUAUUAUAAUUUUAAUAAUAAGGAUUUAUCUUAUUUGAAAGAUGAAGUGGAGGAAUUUAGGUUAUCUAAUAUUAAAGUACAAAAUUAUAACGAUUCAAUUAUAGAAGUUUAUGAUUAUAUAAAGGAAACUGAUUAA